GCGUAAUUCCUCAGCGAUCAUAGGCUGUAACAGACAAAAACACUAAUGUAUCAAAGAACAAGAUUUUUGCAAAAGCACGAUUUAUGCAGGGCUCUGAAGCAAUCGUGAAAGCCAUACAUUUGGAAGAGCGAUAACCAAUCGGGGGCGUGUGUUGGCAUAUCAGUGUGUUUGUUGUUGUCGUUCAUGGGUACUGAAGAAUCCCUCACAAGUGCCAUGGAGAACAUUAGUGUUUCCUUUGAAGUUGCCCAGGCAAAGUAUUCGAGAAGGGUGCUGAUCAAAUCCAUAAUAAAACGUCCGGAUAAGGGGCAGGGCCUGUUUGGACAAAGUGUUGUUGUAGGUGGAUGGGUCAAGACAUCUAGAGCGCACGGAGGUAUUACUUUUCUCGAAGUGAAUGAUGGGUCUUGCUUUGAUAAUCUUCAGGUGUUGGUAAAUGGGGAGGUUUUUUCUCUGGCUCAGCUUACACCAACAGGGACCUGUGUAAUGGUGGAAGGUGAGCGGACGCAACCACCUGAAGGAAAAGAGCAGAAGGUGGAAUUAAAACUUACGAAGGUUUUGGAAGUGGGUACUGUGGAUCCCAGAAAGUACCCAAUUGCCAAGACCUACUUGCCCUUGGAGCAUCUGAGGAGUUAUGUACACCUCAGGGCCAGAACAAACACGAUUUCAGUUGUUGCACGAAUUCGCAAUGCCCUGGCAUAUGCAACACACACUUUUUUCCAGAAUCAUGGUUUUAAUUAUAUACAGACUCCUAUUAUCACAACUAGUGAUUGUGAGGGUGCUGGGGAAAUGUUUCAAGUUACAACACUAUUUAGUGAGGCAGAUAAGUUAGCGCGUGAUUUAAAGGAAAACCCUCCACCUACUGAAGCGGAUAUGGAAGCUUAUAAGCUUCUUGUUAAAGACAAAGGUCAACGAGUGUCAGAUUUGAAAACAAACAAAGCUGAUAAGGCAUCAAUUGGUGCAGCGGUUUCUGAGCUUCAGAAGGCAAAAGACCAGCUAUUAAAGUUGGAAGAAAGGUUUAAAUUAAAACCUGGCCUUCCAGAAAAAGAUGGGAACAUUGAUUUUUUUCAUGACUUCUUUGCACGACAGGCAUUUCUGACUGUCUCUGGUCAGCUCCAGGUUGAAACCUAUGCUUGUGCUUUGAGUAGUGUUUAUACAUUUGGGCCAACAUUCCGGGCUGAAAAUUCUCAUACCUCAAGGCAUCUUGCAGAAUUUUGGAUGGUUGAACCUGAAAUUGCUUUUGCAGAUUUGGAGGAUGACAUGAACUGUGCAGAAGAUUAUGUGAAAUUUCUUUGUCAGUGGUUGCUUGAUAACUGCCUUGAUGAUAUGAAAUUCAUCACAGAUAAGAUUGACAAGACUGCCAUAGACCGUCUUCAAAAAAUAGUUUCAACUCCAUUUGCACGUAUUACCUACACAGAGGCUGUUCAACGACUAGAGAAGGUCACAGAUAAGAAAUUUGAUAACAAGGUAGAAUGGGGCAUUGAUUUGGCAUCAGAACAUGAAAGAUAUUUAACGGAGGUUAUAUAUGAAAAGCCAGUUAUUGUGUACAACUAUCCAAAAACGAUCAAGGCAUUUUACAUGCGACUUAAUGACGAUAACAAGACUGUUGCUGCCAUGGAUGUACUUGUGCCAAAGGUUGGGGAGUUAAUAGGUGGGAGCCAAAGGGAGGAGCGAUUGGAAGUUAUUGAGAAAAGGAUUGAAGAUAUGGGCUUGCCAAGAGAGCCCUAUGAAUGGUACCUUGAUCUACGUAGAUUUGGAACUGUGAAACAUUGUGGAUUUGGCCUAGGGUUUGAACGUAUGGUUCUGUUUGCAACUGGAUUGGAGAAUAUAAGAGAUGCAAUUCCAUUCCCUCGAUACCCAGGGAAGGCUGACCUGUGAACAUGGUGUGUAUCUUUACGCUGAUGGAAUAUUUGGUCACACUCAAGCUGGACAACACCCAAAGUGAACCAAUUAAAUGCUAUUGGAGCUUAACGAGAUGACAAUAACAAUUGGAGCUUAACCAGACGACACCACCAAAUUUCUUUAUGCUCAAUUAAUUGGUCUUGGGAGUUUCAAGGAAUCUGUAGUCAUUGGAUUGUUAGGCAGUCCCAAGUAUCCUUAAUCAUUGAUUUGUACAUGUAGGUCUACAUGGUUAGAAGAAAGCAACCUUCUGCUCUUCAUUUUAGAUCUUCGUGUUGUCUACGAUGUUUCCAUCUUUUUGUUGGGUCGAUUUUUUUUAUACAAUAUUAUGAUUUAAGAGGUAGUUUUACUAGUUGCUUAAUAAAAUUUAUUUAUGUAGAAGCU